CCUGACCUGCCAGGCAAGCCAAGGCUCCGGCUCGCUGGACUGCACGACAUGCGAAGCGACUCGAUGAAGUUCUUCGAGGAAGCGCGGCGGGCACUAUUGGCGAGGAAAAAGGUUCCGCACGGGGAAGUGGCUGACGGUGACCCUCUUCCUGUUCGUCUUCCCUCUUUCCCACUUUCCUCUCGCUGGGCGCGGACCAUCUGUUUUUCCUCCUUCAGCGUCGCAUUUCUUUACCUCCGGACCCAGCCAGCCAGCCAGCACGCUCCGUCGUGGGAAGUAAGGGUCAUCGGGAGGCACGAUCGGACGAUCUGGAUGCCAGAUCCAUCUCGAUCUCCAGCAGGAUUGAGAGAGAGGCGAGGUGGCACGGAGAAGCUGGUCAAGCUGGGUUGGGCCUUUUCAGCUGGCCUUAGGUUGCCAGUCGCCAGCCAGUCCUCGACUCGACCAUCGAUCGCGUCGCUGGCUCUCAUUGGCCCCGGCACCAAAUCCCGAAUACCCCCCUCGCCGGAGCGCUAACUGCAUCUCUCCAUUCUCCAUUCUCCAAUCCCCAAUCUCCAGACAGUUGCGAUCUACGGAGUUAGUACUCCUCCGUCCUCGUCUUCUCUGCCUAGCAACUAUCUAUCUAUCUAUCUACCCCGACUCGGCAGUGAAACCGACGCCCUUCGUCACGAGCCUCCCUUGCCAUCGGUCCUAAAUUCCUACCAUGUUCUUAGUGGUUCGCGUCGCUCUG